CGGGUACUGAAAACCCGGCGCGCGCAAGCCGUCCCGCGCUCCGCGCACGCGAGGUCGGCGCGCGCUAGCCCGCGGGCCCCGAGCGCGCGCCUGACGCCCCUGCCCCGCCGGCGCGCGGCGACGCCCGGCCCCGAUGGACCCCCAGACCCCUACCCGGACGCCGACCCCGCGCUACUUCACCUGGGACGAGGUGGCGCAGCGCUCCGGGCGCGAGAAUGAGCGGUGGCUGGUGAUCGACCGGAAGGUGUACAACAUCAGCGAGUUCACCCGCCGGCACCCGGGGGGCUCCCGGGUCAUCAGCCACUACGCGGGGCAGGAUGCUACGGAUCCCUUUGUGGCGUUUCACAUCAACAAGGGCCUUGUGAGGAAGUAUAUGAACUCCCUCCUGAUCGGAGAACUGUCUCCAGAGCAGCCCAGCUUCGAGCCCACUAAAAAUAAAGAGCUGAUCUACGAGUUCCGGGAGCUGCAGGCCACCGUGGAGCGGAUGGGGCUCAUGAAGGCCAACCAUGUCUUCUUCCUGCUGUACCUGCUGCACAUCCUACUGCUGGAUGUUGCUGCCUGGCUCACCCUUUGGGUCUUCGGGACAUCCUUUGUGCCUUUCCUCCUGUGUGCGGUGCUGCUCAGCACGGCUCAAGCUCAGGCUGGCUGGCUGCAGCAUGACUUAGGGCACCUGUCCGUCUUCAGCACCUCUACUUGGAACCACCUGCUCCAUCAUUUCGUGAUUGGCCACCUGAAGGGCGCCCCCGCCAGUUGGUGGAACCACUUGCACUUCCAGCACCAUGCCAAGCCCAACUGUUUCCGCAAAGACCCGGACAUCAACAUGCACCCGUUCUUUUUUGCCCUGGGGAAGAUCCUCUCUGUGGAGGUGAGUGGAGGUAUCGGGGGAACGGCCUUAGAGAAUGGGAGCCAACCAGAACGGAGGCCCCUGCCAUACACUGGGCGCUCGGGAUCGUUCCCCCCACAGAAGCCGUUCAAUCCUCGGGGUCCGGCCUCAGGCCGGCUGCUUUGCCAGAACGGGUACGGAGGGGACAGUGACUGCUGGCUUAGCCUCCCACGGCCCCCGACGCAGGGAGAAGCAAUUGGCUCGGGGCUUCGGCGACCGGCCCAAGUCGCACAGCGGGAAGGUGGCAGGCCGGCGCUCCGGCCUCCGCCCCGCGCGCGGCAGACGGUCCCCGACAGCACCCAGCGCCAGGCGGACCCCGCCGCCCUCGGAAGCGCUUCCCAUGGGGUCUCACCUGGCCUUUGGAGCGCGAAGCCUCGACAGCUAGCGCUUGGUCCGGAGUCGCCCACGACGGUGCUCAGCCCCGCAAACCUGCUCAGCGCGGCCGCGGACGCCCUCCCGCUCAGCCGCCUUCCAAAGCCCGCGCUCCCGUCACGUGACCCGCCGCCGCGCACGGCCUCCUGGGAAGUGUAG